AUGCCUGGCGCUUUUCCAACGUCGUCUAUGAGGCGGCAGGGAUCCUUGACGCAGCCGUCGGCCAAGUCAGCAAACCAUGUAGAGAACGACGCUACACUCCCUUCUCGACCAGCUGAGCAAGAGGUCCGCAAAGAGCCUUCGCGUGAAGAUCCCCCCGCCCAGGCAGAUGGAUGGGCUCCGACGACAACUACAGCCAGCCAGCAACAGUCUGCACCAGCUUCAUCAUCUGAUCCAGUGGCCAAGAAGCCACCUGCACCUGCAGAGUACUUCGUGCGUCCACACGAUGUUGUCAUUGCCGUCAUGGGCGUCACAGGUGCUGGCAAGUCCACCUUCAUCAACUACCUAUCUGAGUUUGAUGUUGAGGUUGGACAUAAUAUGGAAUCAUGUACCAACAAGGUAGCGGUGUAUCCUGUGACACUUCCGAAUGGCAGGAAUAUAUACCUCUUGGACACCCCGGGCUUUGAUGACACAUACAAGUCCGAUACGGAUGUGUUACGUGAGAUAGCCGCCUGGUUGCAAGAUGCACAUGCGCAUAAAGUGCUCCUGAGCGGUCUUGUAUACCUUCACCGCAUCCAGGAUGUCCGCUUCACCGGAGCAGCGAUGAAAAAUCUUCGCAUGUUCAAGAAGCUGUGUGGCCAUGAAGGCUUGAAGAACGUCGUACUAGCAACAACUUUCUGGAACAAAGUCACCGCCGAAGAAGGGAGCAGCCGGGAAGCUCAGCUUCGUACUGAGAAAGCGUUCUGGAAGUCCAUGAUCGACGAGGGCAGCCAGAUGAUCCGUCACGACGAUGAGGCCACAUCCGCGCUCCAGAUCAUCGAUCGUCUGGUGCAGAAAAAGACCACCAUCGAGCUCGCUAUCCAGCGCGAGAUGCAAGGUGGCAUGACACUCGAUCAGACUGGGGCCGGCAAGGAAGUCGAGGCGCAGGUCGAGCGCAUGCGAAUGCAAUGGGAGAAGGAGAAGAAGGACUUGGAAGCAGAUAUGCGAGAAGCCUUGGCGGCGCACGACAAGGAAGCACAGCGGCAGAUCAAGAUUGAGAGAGAAGAGAUUGAUAAGAAGAUCCUGGAAAGCGAUCGCAGCAUGAAACGCCUGCAGGCGACUAACAGCCAGCUCGCAGAACAGCUGCAUAGCCAGAGACAAGAAAUGAGUAACAAAAUGCUCUUGCUCAAUCAUCUGGAGAAUAGAGAGGAAAAGCGAGAGAAGAAGUUUUAUCGCAAGUAUAAUCCUCUUCACAAGCGAUAUGACGAAAUGUAA